GCCUGCCCUCCGCCCGGGGGGCUCCCUGCCCGUGGGUCACAUGCGGGAGCGGGACUUAAUCCUAAGCCCCAAUUCCCGGUUGUGGCGCCGUGGGCGCGGAGCAGCCGCUGUCCCCGGGGCAGAGCCCGCGGGUGGCCGCCGGCGAUGGGACGCUCCUGAGCCGCUAGCAGCCGGGGAGAGGGGCUGGGCCGGCUGGUGGGGGGCUCGCGGAUCUCUCGGGGGGACCCCCCCUCCCCAUGAGCGCCCCCGAGCGCGCAGCGGACGCCGAGCUGAAGCUGGAGGCGGUGAUCCAGAAGCUGGAGAGCAGCGUGCUGACCUCAGGGGAGGGGAAGAGUUUUACCAUUCGGAGCAGCUCUGAGGACGCGCCACCCACCCGCCUCCUCGCCCGGAUCCGAGAGAUCGUCGCCGAGAACCUGUCGGAGCAGGAGAGCCCAGCAGCCUGCCCUGGGGAGAUGUCGUCGCUGCUCUCCCUCCAGGAGGAGAACCGCAUCCUGCAGCAGGAGCUGUCCCGUGUUGAGGACCUGCUGGCGCAGAGCCGGGCUGAGCGCGAUGAGUUGGCCAUCAAAUACAACGCCAUCAGCGAGAGGCUAGAGGAGAGUUUGCGCCUGAAGGGGACGGACCCGGUGACCAAUGCUGACGAAUCCCCAUUGGAGGUUGGAUGGCUCCUGGGUGGGAGCUCCCUUACUGAGCUGGAGCAAGCCAUCAGCUGGAGUUGUCGGGGGUUGGGCACCAACCGCUUGGAAGAGAUGGAGCUGAGGAGGAGGAACCAAAUGCUGGAGCAGGCCCUGCGGCUGGAGACCGGGGAGCGGGAGUCGCUGGAGAACAAGAGCCUGGCCCAGCAGAACGUCGAGCUGCGGCGCCACCUGGAGGAGGAGCAGGCCGCCUACAAACGCAAGCUCCAGGCCUACCAGGAGGGCCAGCAGCGUCAGGCGCAGCUCGUCCAGAAGCUGCAGGCAAAGGUUCUCCAGUACAAGAAGAAGUGUGGGGAGGUGGAACAGCAGCUGCUGGAGAAAUCAACUGAGCUGGAGCAGCAGAGACUCACGAGCCGGCUGGACAUGACGGACUCGCGCCUGCGCCAGGAUGAAGAGCACAGCAAUGACCUGGAGAACGCGCUCAUCCGGCUGGAGGAGGAGCAGCAAAGGAGCGCCAGCCUGGCCCAGGUCAAUGCCAUGCUGCGGGAGCAGCUGGACCAGGCCAACGCCGCCAACCAGGCCCUCAGCGAGGACAUCCGGAAGCUGACGACCGACUGGACCAAAGCACGCAACGAGCUGGAGCAGCGGGAGGUGGAGUGGAGGCGAGAGGAGGAGUCAUUCAACACCUACUUCAGCAAUGAGCACAGCCGGCUGCUGACCCUCUGGAGACAGGUGGUGGGCUUCCGGCGCCACUUCAGUGAGAUGAAGACCAUGACCGAGAGGGACCUGUCGGAGCUGAGCAACGAGCUGUCCCGGUCCGGCCGCACCAUCCACGCCGCCUGUCUGAACCUGAGCAGCAACUUGCGCCUGUCGGAGAGCAGCGCCAGCGUGGCCCUGGAGAAGCAGGCCCUGCUGCUGGCCCAGCUGGAGGAGCAGCUGAAGGACAAGGUGCGCGACAUGAUCCAGCUGCAGGUCAGGUGUGACAUGGAGAAAGCGGAGCUCGGCACCAGAGUUGCUGAGACGAUGGCCACCGUGGAACGCUUGAAAGCCCAGAACUCGGAGAAGGAGAAGACGGUCGAGACGCUGACCCAGAAGCUGGAAAAUCUGGAGGCUGCGCGGGUGCAGGAGCAGGCAGCGCUGGAGGCCGAGGAGAUCGAGGCCUUGCGGACAGAGUCGGAGAUGCUCCAGCAGACGCUGCGAGACCUUGCUCAGGCCGUCCUGUCCGAUGCCGACAGCGCCAUCCACCUCACAGGCACAGAGCGAACGACGGACGUUUCGGACAGCGACGCCACGGGAUUCAGCCUGCGGGGCCUCUCCUCCAGCCUCCGCACCCCGUCCCCGCUCCGGCGCUCCUCCCCCCGGCGCAGCUCCUCCCCCCGGCGCAGCCUCUCGCCGGCCUUCUCCGACUCCACGCUGGCCGUGGUGCACUCCGCCUUGCAGAAGAGGCAGCUGCAGGUGCAGGACAUCCGCGGCAAGUACGAAGCCAUCCAGGAGCUGGUGGGCUCCCUGAAGAAGCAGCUGGUGGAAAGAGAUCACGAGCGACGCUCCCUGGAGCAGAAGAUCCUGCAGCUGAAGGACGAUGUUGACUGUUCCUUGCGGGCCAAGGAUGAUGCCGUGCGGGAUGCCAGCCGCUUCCGCUCCUCGGCUGACCUGCUGGGCAGUGAGAAGAGCAACCUGGAGCGAAGCCUGCAGGCCCUGCAGCAGCAUGUGGAGGCCCUGCGGCAGGAGAGCGAGAGGCUGCAGCUGGCCAACAGCGACCUGCAGCGGCAGCGAGAACGCCUGGAGGACGAGAAGGAGGACAUCGCCAAGGACAAGGAGCGGGCGCAGAAGGAGAUUGAGCGCGGCCACAAACAGCUGGAGCAGCUGGAAGUGAAGAAAUCCAGUCUGAAAAAGGAGCUGAUGCUUGUUAAGGAGGCUCUGAACAAAGCCACCCUGGAGAAGGAGGUGUCUGAGAAUGAGAAGGUGGAGAUGGCAGAGGCGCUUUCCAAGGCGGAUGCGAGCCGGGCCGAGCUGGAGCUGACCGCCAGCAAGCUGAAGGCGGAGGAGGCCUCGCUGCGCGACUCGCUGUCCAAGAUGAGCUCCCUGAACGAGGGGCUGGCCCAGGAUAAAAUUGAACUCAACAGGAUCAUCAGCCAGCUGGAGGAGGAGAAGGGGGCCGUGUUGGGGCAGAAGCGGGAGGUGGAGCAGGAGAAGGCCUCAAUCCGCGAUGAGCUGGUCCGGCUGGAGCAGGAGAAGCUGGAGCUGGACACGGAGAGGCAGGGGCUGGAGCACUCCCUGCAGGAUGUGGAGCGGAGCCGGGAGAGGCUGGAGAGGGAGCUGCUGGCCCUGCAGAAGGAGAGGGUGCAGCUGCAGGAGCAGCUGGGGCAGCUGUCCCGCCAGAGGAACGCAGCCAGCGAGGAGCUGGGGCAGGCCCGCCGGGAGCAGGAGCGGCUCAGCGAGGCCCUGCUGCGAGCCGCCAGGGAGAAGGAGGGGCUGAUGAAGGAGAAGGCCAGCCUGGUGGUGCAGCUGGCGGCGUCGGAGCGGGAGAACAGGGGGUUGGCGGAGGAGAUCGCUGGGCUCCGGUCGGAGAAGGAUGCCUUGGAGACCACCCUCUUUGACAUCCAGCAGCAGCGUGCUCAGCUGGACGCCCGGAAGGAGCAGCUGGAGGCCGACAGCCAGAACCUGCUCCUGGCCAAGGAGAUGCUGCAGGUGGAGUUGGCCAGCAUCCGCAAGCAGAGGGAGCUGGACGUGACCCGGCUGGAGAGGGAUAAGGAGCUGCUGGCUCAGAAAUUGGCUCAGACGGAGCAGGAGGCCCAGGUCACGCUGAGAAACAAGGAGGUGGCUCAUGAGGAGGACGUGGAUCGGCUCCAGAAGGAGAAGGAGACGGUGCGCCUGGAGUUGGAGUCGGAGCGGGAGGAGCUGCUGCACCGGCUGAGCCACGAGCGGGAGGAGCUGCUGGCCCGCUACGAGGCGGAGAAGGAGGAGCUGAGCGAGGAGAUCACCGCGCUGCAGCAGGAGCGGGACGAGAGCCUCCUGCAGGCGGAGAAUGAGAAGCAGCAGGCCCUGUCCCUCAAGGAGUCGGAGAAGACCCUCCUGUCGGAGAAGCUGGCCUGUGCCCAGCACAGCCUUGCCGGCGUGACCUUGGAGAUGGAGCGGCAGAAGCGAGAGGCCAUCAGCCGGCAGGAGCAGGAUCGGAGCACCAUCAACGCCCUGACCUCGGAGCUGAAGAGCUUGCGGGUGCAGUUGGAAGAAACCGUCGCGGCCCGCGAGCGGGAGGCCCGGGGGCUGCAGGAGCAGGUCAAGGAGCUGGUCAGGCAACGGGAAUGCACCCUCCGCGAGGUGGAGGAGCUAAAGACCCAGCUGCGCAUGGUGGAGGAUGCCCGGGACAGCAUCCGGCGGGACGUGAUCGAGGCCCACCGGAAAGUACGGGAGAGCCAGGAGGGCCAUGAGGUCCAGAGGAAGGACAUCCUGGACCUGCGGCGCAGCCUGAGUGACGAGGCCAAGGAAAAGGAGGCACUGCAGAGCUCCAACCAGGAGCUGCGGGCUGCCGUCAAGCGAGCUGAGAGCGACCGCAUCAGUCUGAAGUGGGCCAACGAGGAGAAGGAGCAGAAGCUGGCCACCCUGGAGGAGGCGCGGGCAGCCGUGGGCAAGGAAGCCGCCGACCUGAGGAGCAGCCUGCAGGAGGUGGAGCGAUCGCGGCUGGAGGCCCGCAGGGAGCUGCAGGAGCUGAGGCGACAGAUCAAGAUGCUGGACAGUGAGAACGCCAAGAAGAACAAGGAGGUGGCAGAGCUGCAGGCCCGGGUGGCACUGGAUGAGCAGCGGGAGGAGGAGAGCCGGCGGGAAUCCUUCGGCCUCAAGCAGAAGAUUGUGGAGAGCGAAGCCAGCAGGGAGUUUGCCAGGAAGGAGCUCCACAACCUGCAGCGGAAGCUGUCGGAACAGGAGGGCGAGUUCCAGGUGAGGGAGAAGGACCUCCUGGGCAGCCUGGAGGAGGCCCGCGGCAAUGAGAAGAAGCUGCUGGACAACGCCCGCAACCUGGAGAUCAAGCUGGAGAACGCGCAGGCUGAGGCGGCGGAGCUGAGCCUCCGGCUGAGCGCCGCCGAGGGCCGUGCCCUCGGCCUGGAGGCUGAGCUGGCUCGAGUGGAGGGGUUGAAGCGGGACGUGGAGUUCAAGCUGGGGAGCCUGCAUUCCGCCCUGAGGCGCACCCUGGGCAUCAGCCGGGGCGGCCGGGCCCCCAGCCCAGCCAUCAGGGGGCGUAGCAGCUCCCCCAAAAGACUCUUCUCUCCUACCAAAGGUGACAACGCGUACAGCACCACGGACGGGCGCGGCAGCCCCACCCCACAGGCGGGCAGCCCCGAGCGCAGCCCCAGCUCGCGCCCUCUGUCUCCGGAGCGCGCCCUCUCGCCCGGCCGCAGCGAGCAGCUGGUGGCGGAUAUCGACCCUGAAGUGGUGCGGGCCGCCCUCCGGGACUUCCUGCAGGAGCUGCGGGAGACGCAGCGCAAGCGGGAUGACCUGCGGGCCCAGCUGGGCAGCCUGACCCGCCAGCUGGCUGAGAUGGAGUCGGAGCGGGACAGUGCCAGAACCCGAGUGCAGCAGCUGCAGAAGCUAGUGACCGAAAGCCAGGAAGGGAGGCGCAGCGCGGAUGGCAAGCUGAGCAGCGCCCAGACCGCCCUCCUGCUGCAGGAGGAGACCCUCCGCCGCAACGACCGGGAGCGCAAGGCAUUGAUGGACAAGGUGACGGCGCUGGAGCGGAGCCUGCAGUCGGCAGACAGCGACCGGCGAACCACCCAGGAGAAGAUCAGCAAGAUGAAAGCCAACGAGGCCAAGCUGGAGAACGACAAGCGGCGCCUGAAGGAGGUCCUGGACGCCUCGGAGAGCCGCUGCACCAAGCUGGAGCUGCUGCGGCGCUCGCUGGAGGGGGAGCUGCAGAGGGUGAAGCUGGUGCUGAGUGACCGCGAGGUGGAGAUCCAGGUGCUGCAGGACCGCGGUGACACGCUGCAGAGACAGGUCACCGACAGCGAGAUGAAGGCCAACGCCCUGCAGCUGUCUGUGGAGCGACUGCACCUGACCCUGGCCAGGGCCGAGGAGGGCGAGAGCGCCCUGAAGGACAAGGUGCAGGGCCUGGCCCUGUCUCUGUCAGAGAGCAGUGCCAAUGCCGGUGCCAGCCAGGAGAAAGCGCUCCAGCUGCAGAAGGCGCUGACCGCCAGCGAGCAUGACCGCCGAGUGCUACAGGAGCGGCUGGACGCUGCCCGUCAGGCGGUCUCAGAAGCCAAGAAGCAGAACAGCGGGCUGGCCGACCGGGUCCAGGUGCUGAAAACUGAGCAGCUGGAGCUGGAGGUGCAGAAGGAGGAGCUCGAAGGGCAGGUCCGGCAGCAGCAGGAGCUGGUGCACCAGUGCCAGGAGAGCGAGAGCGCGGCCCUGCGGAGCCUGCAGAAGCUGCAGGAGGACAAGCACCUGCUGCAGGAGCGGCUGGGCAGCCUGCAGCGGGCGCUGGCCCAGCUGGAGAGUGAGAAGCGGGAGGCGGAGCGCUCCUCCCUGCGGCUGGAGAAGGACAAGAUGGCCCUGAAGAAGACCCUGGACAAGGUGGAGCGCGAGAAGCUGAAGACGCACGAGGAUUCGGUGAGGCUGUCGGCAGAGAAGGGCCGGCUGGACCGCUCCCUCAACACGGUGGAGCAGGAGUUGGCGGAGGCUCAGCGGCAGAUCCAGCUGCUCGAGGCUCAGGUAGCGGAGAUGGAGCAGACCCAGUCCCAGAGCCUGGUGGAGACGGCCAUGCGCCAUCGGCAGGAGCUGCAGCUGGAGAUCGAGCGGCUGCGCGGCUCCCAGCUGCAGGCAGAGCGCACGCUGGAGGCCAGGGAGCGAGCACACAGGCAGCGUGUCAAGGGGCUGGAGGAGCAGAUCUCGACGCUGAAGGAUCAGCUGCAGCAGGAGCUGCAGCGGUGCCAGUCCCAUUACUCUCACUCCUCCCUCCUCUCAGGGAACUAGGCUCCCUGCCACUCACUAGCGACACUGUGACCAAGGAGCCUUCAGCGCUAAGCCCCCUCCGGCUUUAUGCUCCAGCCCUGCGGUGGGGAAAUUGGGUUUGUAUAGAGGGGGGAUGCCCCUGCCAUGGGGACCACCCUCCCCAUACGGCCCUGUGGAUUCCUUGGGUGCUCAGCCCUAUACAAAAGACAAGGACGCACACACGUUCCCCUGAGCGUGCAGCGAGUCAGGGCCCCAGUGGGUUGACGUGGAAUCGGGGAGCGUCUCAGAGCUGCUAAGUUGCCUUCUCCAUGAACGUAUCGUUACUGAUACACUAUGAAUGAAAAGUAGCUUGGUAAUCAGUGACAACCGUCAGCCUGGGUCUGAUUUUCAGCAGCGCUGAGCACCCCCAGCUCAAAAGUACAGUCCAUUGGAGCUAGGGAUGCUCCGCGCCGGGAAAUCAGGGCCCCGGUGGCCUUGCUUAGAAGCCACCUUCAAUCCUUUUGUAGCAUCUUUCCAAUGGCGGGUGAAUUGUUACACUGAAUAGCAGCCCCCUUCCUUCUGAAGCGGGGAUAGAAGGUAACGUUGGCUAGUAUUCAGAGCAGGGGUGUGAGGACUCCUGGGUUCUCUUCCUGACGCUGACACAUCGUAUGAUUGCCUCACUCUGUGCCUCAGUUUCCCCAUCUCAUGCAAGGCUAAUAAUACUGACCUCAUAGAGGAAUUCUGAGGCUUAACUAAUUACCCGUGAUGUGCUUUGAGAUCCUCUGCUAGAAGGUGCUCUGCAAUGGGUUUAUUCGUAAGCAAUAUUAUUAAGUUUAACAGAAACAGUGGCUUCUUUGUCCAGAGGGUCAUGUUGGGGGCUAACAUUUAAAAUGCACCUCUGAAGAGGAGAGUGCAUUUGCAGGCCGACGAUUGAAUGCCCCUGGGUGACUGGAGACCAAACAUGGGCUCAGUCACCAGUGAAAUGGGUUUGCUGAUCUGUGUUGUCCCGCUAUUUCAUUAACCUAAAAGGCCCCUUUAAGCAAAAAUAUAUUUUGGGGGUGGGUGGGGACCAAAAAAAAAAAAAAAAAUCUACAACCAAGCUGAACUAGGUCUUGCAAAACCAGCAUUUACCUUCUCAGCAAGGACAUUUCUGCCAUUCCAUUUUUUAAAAAAACAGGACUUUCCUAAGGGUAAUACGCUCAUGGAGGAGAAUGUAUAUUUGAUACAUGUCAUUUUCUACUGCAGUUUUUACCAGAGGUUUGGAAACUUUUCAAUACUUUGUCCUAACCUGCUUCUGCAGCUCUGGUUCAUCCAAUGUGGUGUUGCCCAGAAGCCCCAUAACCCUUUCUAUAAAAUGGAAGGUGGAAGAUUUUGUUGUAUCAAGGAUGUGAGUGUUUGAGUUGGGUGCUCUGCUCUAUGCUGGCCUUCCCAGUUUUUUUUCUCUUAGAGCAGAGAAGAGUCAGUUUCACAGAACCCAAGUCUAAACAGCUGUUGAAUGUUUGCUCCUCCUUUCCAGAUGUUUUCUCCUUUCCAGGAGCAUCAUGCUCUGCUUGAGCAUGUUGUCUGAGAAUGUACCCAUAGCGUGACUGUGUGUCCAUUACCAUCUCAGGGCCCCGCUUCUCCCAGCACCCUUCUCACAUCCAGCGCCUGCACUGGGACGGCUUAGUGUAGUAAGCAAUAUGUGCUCUAAGUACACCCUGAGCUUGUAGCUGCUUCCUGAAACCAGUAGGUGAAUAAACUCCACCAUCAGAGCUAUAGUGAUUAUUUGUGCCAGCCAAAUCCUAGUUUACUGCAGUGCUAGUGAUCAAGGCGUGGAAAGUUGAAUGACCCUGAAACCCAGAAGAGCUGAGAUAACUGGGUUAGGAGACAAAUUGACCCUGAAGAAGUUCUUUUUCCACAAUAGUAACAAGUUGAUCAUUAGUGUCCCUUAGAGUGAGUAGCCUUGUCCUCAGUGUCUAUUUAAAGAGACCCUGCCAGCUUGGGUACUGAUGUCUGAAAAGUUUUAACUUAUUCCAGGUAACACCAAGAUCAUGAGCAUUUAUUUUUCUCGAAGUUUAGUUUGUGAAGUUGACAGCACUGUGUGUUUAGUCAGUUUCACUGUGUCCCUUGUUUUAUGGGGGGGUGGGUUAAGAUCGGAAAGUGUGAUUGUUAAACGCCACGCCUUUGAGCCAGCGGUGGCCCCGUCACUCAGUUUGAUGAGCAGAGCUGUCUAGGCUAAUUACAGGAGCAUCUCUUCAGACUUUUCUCCUGCCAUAUUGGCUGCUCUGGUUGUGUGUCAAAUGAAAGAAUCGGCUGAAGAAGGGCAGCUGUUAAAUUAGAGCAGGAGAAGGAACUGUACCUAGUGGAGGUGGCAUUUGCAGGGAACUUUUCUCUAAUAACCACUGUCCCGGCUUUCUUGGUAAGGUGACUAGAACAGCACCCAGAGGGCUCUGACCUUAGCCCCCAGCACUAGUGUAACGUAACCCCCACUAGCACAGAGUUCUGCCCCCCCCCGGCCCGUGCAGCUGGAAAGGAGGAAGUCAAAUUAAGUCCAUAGAGGCAGCCCAGGGCAGAAGUGAGCCUGGCUCACUCAGCCAUAGCAUAAGCUGUUUACUUAGAACGCCUGGCCAAGCUCUAGCUUAUCUGGGGCCCAGGCAAGCACCUUCUCAGCUCCAUUCACAAGUCAGAUGACCUAACUUUUGCUCUAGGCUCCGAGUCAACCUAGGCCCUUUCCCUCGCCUGCAUCAGCACUAACGCUUCUGCAGGAACCGCCCUCGGUCUGUCCGUGCUCAGUGACACAGGUGUAACUGAUUGGAAUCCAGCAAACAGCUCUGAGGCUGCCCAAGGAAGCCAGAAUGCACGUGUCCCUUUCAGACGGUAUUAGCCCUGCAGGAGCCAAGACUUAAUUACAAAAAAACAAAAAAAACACUAAAAAACAGCACGCUUUCAGGCUGUAGUUUUUUUAGUCCUUUCACGCCUGGAAAAAUUUCUCUCCCGGCCAGUCUGUGACACUAAAUUGACAAGGCUCAGGCUGAGCACCCACGGCAGCAGCGUGCUAGGAGGGUGUUACUGAAAUCCUGGUUCUCUAGCACAAAAGUUUUCUUACAGAUGGGUGGAUGGUUUUCUUUUUAAAGUGACCAAGUUUUCUACUAGAAAUUCCUACUUUUUGUUGUUGUUUUUCACUUACGUAACAAUUAAUCAUGCCAGGAAGAGGGUUUUUUUUUUAUAGAUUAUAUUGGUACUUUCUUGAUGAAUUUGGACAUUGGGGGAGGAAAAAGGAGAGCUUGCCCCACACGGGGUUGGUGCUGCGGGGAAUGUCAGACUGUCAACUAGCUCACCUGGCAUUUGAAGUCCCUAGUGGUCAGUUCCCUGGAAGCUUAGGCAAUGGAAAGACCAACCAGGGAACUCUGUGUCUCUGCGUCAGAGUUUGUCCAAAGUUUGUAUAAAUGUUUUACAGGGGGAUUUAAAAAAAAAACCACAACACACCACAGACAGGACAGUGCUCAGCCUGUCUCCCCGCUUUUGCUGUCAGGGAGCGGCACCCGGUCCAAAGUCACAUUAAACAGGAAGAAAAAUGUG